AUGGCUAGAGAAAGCAAUGGGACCAAUGUUCCCGACCCCAACCAACAAAGAAGAAGAAGUGAUGGGACUAAAGUUGCCGACGGUCAAAUUGUUGCAGUGAAACGCCCUGAUCGCCUUGUUUUAAGUACAGAAAUCGCUAAGGGAAUUAAUGGGACCAAUGCCGUCGAGGGCUCUUGUGUAGAUCCACCUGUUCCCGAUCAACAAAGAAGAAAUGAUGGGACGAAUGACCUUGGGGCCUCCUGUGAAGUUCCAACUGUUCCAGCGGAACGCCCUGUUUUAAGUACAGAAAUCGCUAAGGGAAGUAAUGGGACCAAUGCCGUUGAGGGCUCCUGUGAAGAUCUGCCUGUUCCCGACGAACAAAGGAGUGAUGGGACCAAUGGCCUUGAGGUCUCCUGUGAAGUUCCAACUGUUGCAGCGAAACGCCCAGUGCAGGUGCAAAAGCAUAGUAAGGCUUCGAGGAAGGCUGUACAGGUGCAAAUGCAUAGUAAGGCUUCGAGGAAGGGAGAGAUUAAAUCUGAAGGAAACGCGGGACGGGGCAUUAUCCGGCCGCUCUGCAAUCCUUAUGAACAAUCUACUGAAAAGGGUGUUCGGUUCAGUGAGGCUUUGUGGAAAAGAAUUGCCGAGUGUAAGAAUAGGCGCCGGUCUGGGAAGAGUAAUGGAGGUCUUGAAAGAAAGGAGAACCAUGUUUCUUCAGGAAAUGUAGGCAGGCUUGAGCUCAAUGACCUUCCUGAUGGUGACAAUGAAGAGCUUGGGAGUGGUGAACCCGCCGUAUCAAGUACAAAAAUAGCUAAGGACUCCUUUGAAGGUCGACCUGUUCCUGUUCGGGUGCAUCUAGUGGAGUCCAACCAGGAUCCCGUAUGUGUUGCUCCAGAGAUCCGUACUUGCAGCUUAGAUGAUUUAAUUCAAGCACUUUCAGAUGACCCUUCCUUGCUUAGUGGUGAUUCAGUUAAUGAGUUGAUGAGAGAUCUAAUAUUAGAACUCGGCCGUUGGCAUGACAAAGGAAAAAUCCAUAGGGACUUAAAGCCUCGAAAUGUCUUGAUUACAGAGGUUUCUGCUAAGCUACCUGAUAUAGGCACUAUUCAUGGAGAUGCAUCACAUCAUCCCGCUGAUUGUGAAAACUCAGGAUGGCGAGCACGUGAACAGCUUCUUGGUGAAAGUCCAUCACGCUCUACGAAUAUGUUUUCUGUAGGUUGUGCCUGGCUCAUGUUACUCGGUUGUGGAAAACAUCCAUUUGGUGAUCAUCCUCAAGAACGUGACAAUAAUAUUAUGGAGGACAAUAUAAUGAAUUUGUCGUUGUUGAAACUCAAAGCAGAAACCGAGUAUUUUUUUCGGCGUAUGCUAAACCGGGAUCCUGAAUUGAGGCCAGAGACAUGGGAGGUGCGUUCAUAUUUUUGGUGUCCAGGGAAGAAACUGCGCUUUUAUGCAUGGUUCAGCGACAUACUACUGUCGAACUCGGCACUCGCUCGAGAUCUUCUAAAUGAAUUGGAGAGUGAGGAUCCGGUUUUUAAUGGGGAAUGGAUCAACCUAAUUGAUCUUAAAUUUAAGCAUGGCAUAGAAAGCAGGAAAAUCAAGUACGAUUAUACUUCUGUCAAGGACUUAGUGCGCUACAUGCGAAAUUUGUUUUCCCACCCCGCAGGAAUCAAACCAAUUAAGGGGAUCAGGCGAUGGGAUGACGGGCGUAUAUACAGUUACUUUGCUGACAUAUUCCCGAGUCUCUGGCUGAAGUCAUACAGAGCCGCUUCCCGGUUUUGCGAAAAAGAGGAUUGGUUUAAGGAGCUCCACCGAGAAGAAACCGUUUUAGUUGGAGCGUAUUCACGCGGUGAUUGCCUCUUCCAUACAGUUGGACUGGCUUAG